AUGGGGCAGGCAAUGACUGGCGAGCAGCAGCAGCAGCAACGGCAGGAAGCAGAAGAGGUCCUCUGCGUGAAGCCAGAAGUAGUAAAAGCCCCUGCGCUGCCUCCGUACGAGCAGCAGGCCGCAGAAUUAUGCGAGUCGUAUGUGCGACAGAUGCGGAUUGUGCCGCCGCUACUCCGGAGCUCGGCGGGUCUGGGGCCUGAGCCGUGUACCUCGGAGCCAACGCUCUUGGAGAGCAUUCAGCGUCGUGUGGCAUCGCUGGUUGUGCCCCGCGUGGGGCUGAUGGAGCAGGAGGCGCUGCAGCAACAGAAGGAGUUGAGAUGGGGCGUCGGCGCCUCCCAAGUGCCCGCAAGCAACUCAAGAAGUGCACUUGGCCACGAGCUGCACGAGUUCGCAGCUCGUUUCAAGAUCGUCCGAGAUAACGCCACUCAGCAAGUCGCCGCGGAGGCCCUUGAAAUUGACGUGGCGCUUGAAGAAGUGAACAAGGGGCUUGACGGCCUGCAGCGCGAGGCUGCCAAACAGAAUUGCCUAGCUGAGGUGUACGAAUUCGCUGAAGGGGAGCGACGCGCACUGCAGGAUGAAGUGGCCACGUUUGACAAGUUGCUGCGGGAUGAAGUUCUUGUACUGCUGCAGGAUGUGUGGUCGCUGCUGAGCGACACGGAGCGGGCCGCCGUUCAGGCCGACGUUGACGCGCGAGGGUCGCACCCUUCGUAG